CCGGCGGGACUGGAGAGCUAUACGAUAGCCUUUCUUACUGACUGAGGUGGGAGAAAUUGGUUCGUACUUGAACCCGUAGUCUCUCCCUGCCCAGUCUGUGAGACUAUAAACCUUCCGACCCAACUGACCCUAGAGGGGAGAGACCCUACCCUCCGAGCUUCCACGGCGCGGACGGGCCCCCAGCAGCUCGGGCGGCGGGAGGAGCGGCAGCGGCCAGACAGCCCAGCUCCGCGAAGGCUCUCGGCGCGCCGCGGCCCGCAGGCACCCGGCACGCGCCCGCCCCGCCGCCACGAUGCCCAAGAGGAAGGUCAGCUCCGCUGAGGGGGCGGCAAAGGAGGAGCCCAAGAGGAGAUCGGCGAGGUUGUCAGCUAAACCGGCUCCCGCAAAAGUGGAGACGAAGCCAAAAAAGGCGGCGGGAAAGGAUAAAUCUUCAGACAAAAAAGUGCAAACAAAAGGGAAAAGGGGAGCAAAGGGAAAACAGGCCGAAGUGGCUAACCAAGAGACUAAAGAAGACUUACCUGCAGAAAACGGAGAAACUAAAAACGAGGAGAGCCCAGCCUCUGAUGAAGCAGGAGAGAAAGAAGCCAAGUCGGAUUAAUAUCACACACCUGGUCCUCAGUGGUCCCUGUCUCCCUUCUUGUACAAUCCAGAGGAAUAUUUUUAUCAACUAUUUUGUAAAUGCAAGUUUUUUAGUAGCUCUAGAAACAUUUUUAAAAAUAAGGAGGGAAUCCCACCUCAUCCCAUUUUUUAAGUGUAAAUGCUUUUUUUUAAGAGGUGAAAUCAUUUGCUGGUUGUUUAUUUUUUGGUACAACCAGAAGAUAGUGGGAUAUUGAAUAUGGGAGGCUUUGAUUGUCUUGGGUGUCAGCUUAACAUUCCGUAGAUGAGGGGUUAGCUUUUAUAUCCUAUAAUACGAAGCAUACUAAAUGGCAGUUUGGAGUCAGUUGUGCAUUUAAUGUCUUGAACACUUUAAAUUGCUCCUCUGUUUUUGGUAGAAUUGUUUCCUAAAGCAAAUUGCUCACUCCUUGAUCUCGGCUCUCCUGGUCAGAAUUUUGUGCACCCUGUAACAUCUUUUGUUGUGGUAGUCCAGUUCUUCUAGUAACUUUGUUAAUGUGCUGUGAAUGAUUGACAAUUGGAGUGUGUAGUGUAUAUGAUAUUAAAUUGUGAAUUAGUGGGACUUCAGAUGUAACAGCAUAUCAAUAUUUGAAGAUAUUGGUACUUGAUAUCCUGUUAAGGAAAAUUUGCCUCCAAAUUUUAAGCUGGAAAGUCACUGGAAUAACUUCAGAAAAGAAUCACAACUACAUGAUUUUUUAGAUUUUUGGUACGUAUGUUAAGAAUUGUGUACAAAUUGAAAUAUCUGUGUACUGAUCCUCAAAACAACCAAUAAAAUCUCAGUUAUGAAAGAA